AUGGUCCCUCUCCUGUUGGCGGUGGUGGUGGUGGUGAUGCUCCUCCCCGUGUCCUUGUGCUUCCCCCACGCGGUGUCCUCCAACUCUUCGGUGGCCGGGGUGGUGGGGGUGACCUACGCCAUGAACACGCCGGGGCUGCCACAUCCGAAGAAGGUGGUGGAGGCGCUGGUCGCCGCCGGCGUCACCCGGGUGCUCCUCGUGGACCCUUACCCCGACGGAGUCGCCGCCUUCAACAACACGGACAUCGUGCUCACCAUCGCCAUCAAUAACUCCUACAUCCAAUCCCUCGCCACCAACGUGACGAUGACUUUCCUCUGGCUGGGCGACAACAUCAUCCUGCCGAACAUCAAGAUCGAGGCCAUCUCCGUCGGAUACGAUGUCUUCUCCUCCGAGAACCUCCACCUCGCCGGCGACCUCCUCCAGGCCAUCCAGAACCUCCACGAGGGCAUGUCCGAGAUCCUCCAGGGCAACAUCUCCAUCACCACCGCCAACAGCUUCGACCUCAUCACCCCGGCCUUCCCCCCGUCGGCGGCGGAGUUCAAUCGCUCGGUGGCCGAGCUCUAUCUGAGACCGCUUCUCCAGUUCCUCGACGGGGCCGGCUUCCCCUUCUUCAUCUCCCUCUACCCCUUCAAGCUCUACCGCGCCGGCGCCAUCCUCGGGGAGAACACCGGCAUCGCCGCUUUCGAGUACGCCGAAGGCCAGCACCUGACCGACCCCAAGACCGGCCUCGUCUACUACAACAUCUUCGACGCGAUGGUGGACGCCACCGUCGCCGCCAUGGCCAAGCUGGGCUACGCCGACGUCCCCCUGGUGGUCUCCGGAACGGGGUGGCCGAGCGAGGGGGGACUGAACGAGCCCGAGGCGAGCAUCCUCUAUGCUGGCGAGUACAACGAGGGGCUGGUGAGCAAGCUGAACAUGCGGCUGGGCACGCCGGCGAGGCCGGAGACAACGCCGGUGACCUUCAUCUACGCGCUGUUUGACGACCCCAGAGAGACCGGCGCGGAGUCGGAGAGGAACUGGGGCAUCUGGACCAUGGACAUGCAGCAGAAGUACGUGAUCGACUUCACCCCCUCCAAAGCCAGUGGCGGAAGAACUACGAGCUCCCUCCACCGUUCCGCCGUCGCCGCCGUCACGGCCUUUGUCCUCCUCUGUCUUGCCUGA